CGCGCGCCGCUCAGUGAUUUGGCGCUUCACUGUCCUGUUAGUGUGCAGCGGUGAGACACAUACUUCCUUUUCCACAUUUCACACAGGUUUGCAAUCUUCCACCGUUCAUGGACAGUCAUGUCUGAGGAGGAAAUCAAGGUUCCUGAUGCACUUUUCAAAGACGUUAAAUUCUACGUGGUUGGGGACAUUGAGCCAAAGGUGGUGCAGCUGCUGAAAGCAGGAAAAGGAAAGGAGGUGUCCUAUAAUGCUUUGGCCACUCACAUCAUUGCAGAGGAUGGAGAUAACCCUGAAGUGAGCGAAUCAAGGGAGGUGUUCGAUCUACCUGUGGUCAAGCCAUCCUGGGUGAUUCUGUCUGUUCGAUGUGGAGACCUCUUACCAGUAACUGGAUUCUCUCCAGAAUCAGGCCAGAUAUUUUUUGGCGUGACAGCUUGCCUUCCUAGGCUUCCAGAUGAUCUCAAUGCCCUGUGGGCGUUCCUUACCUUUUAUGGUGGUGAAUGUCAGCUGAACCUAAACAAGAAGGUCACCCACCUGGUGGUGAAGGAGCCAAAAGGCGCCAAGUUUGAGUGUGCCCUGAAACACCCAGGCAUCAGGAUUGUCACUCCAGACUGGAUCACAGAUUCUGUAAAAGAUAAAAGCAGGAAGGAUGAGAGUCUGUAUCACCCCAGACUCACAUACGUAGAGCCGGAAGAGGAGAGCGAAGCCGAGUCGUAUGACGCGCGCUGUCAUUCCAACGGGAGUUACAGCCCCCGGCGCUCCCAGCCAUCCAGCGGUGGAUCCUCCGGCGAGGAGUCUAGCCCUCGCAGACGGCCGGGACCCAAACGCCUCAACUCCAUCUCACCCACCUCUCCCCGAAAACCCGAGCUCCGCAGUGAGAGGAUGUUCGACGACUCAGAUGAUGACUCGUCCCCAGAAAAGGAGGGCACCAACCUGAACUGGACGUCAGCUGAAGUCGUCACACCGACCGUUGCCGGAAUAGCGAGGCAGCGGGUCGGGCCAGCUGGUGUCAAAGAUCCGGGUUCCUCUGCGGGCAGCGGGCUGAUCAACCUGUGUGCCACCGCAGCCCCAGUUCCUGGCAGUGGAGGUCCGCUAGCUGGAGAGGCCCGAGGUGCACAGCAAGGUGUUUCGGGUCCUGAGGGAUGGAACCCAACUAUGAGAACGCUCCGCAACAUCACCAACAACUCUGACAUGCAGCCAGCAAACCGGCCCGCAGUCGCACAUAUCAUCCAGAACCUGGCAGCCAAUCAGACGAAGCCUGUGGAGCAGACCAAUCAGAGCCAUGUUCAGAUCCUGAACAGCAACAAUCCUCCUCAGUUUGGUCAAAGUAAACUUCCUAGGCUGCCACUCACAGCAGAGCAGCUACUGCAGCAGCAGCAGUCACAUCAGACUGGUCAGCAGCAUCAGCAGUUACCACAGCAACCAACACAUCCCAUGAUGCACCUUCAGCAGCAGCAGCAGAUGAUGCAGCUGCAGCAGCAACAAUCACAGGUGGCACAGCAGCAAGGUUUCCCCCAGCAGCAGCAGCAGUUUCUGCAGCAGCAGCAGAUGCACCAGCAACAGAUGUUCUCCCAGCAGCAGCUGCGACCUCAGCAGCUGCUGCGGCCAGGCCUCCAGCAGCUGCAACAGCAGUUUCAGCAGCAGCAGCGUCUGCAGAUGCUGCAGCAGCAGCAGAAUCAGCAACAGUUUCACCAACAGCAUCUUCAGCAACAGCAGCAACAGCAGCAUUUCCUGCAGCAGCAGCACCUGCAGCAGAUGCAGAAACAGCACCUGCAGCAGCAGCAGGUGCUGCAGCAUCAGAACCAACAGGCAUUGCAGCAGCAGCAUCAUCAACAGCAGACGGCCACUCCGCUGCCCCCUCAGCUGCAGCAGCAGCAGCUGCACCAGCAGCAGCCUCACAUCAGCCAGCUGUUUGGACAUGAGCAGGGUCAGGACAUUCCCCAGGACGGCUUCUUGCUGGGCUGUGUUUUUGCCAUCGCUGACUACCCUGAACAGAUGGCUGACAAGCAGUUGCUGGCCACAUGGAAGAGGGUCAUCCAGGCAUGUGGAGGUGUUGUGGACCCCACUUUGACCAGCCGUUGCACUCACUUGUUAUGUGAGAGUCAAGUCAGCAACAUGUAUGUACAGGCCCUUCGAGAGGGGAAGCGCUGUGUGACGGCUCACUGGCUCAGCACUGUGCUGAAGAAGAAGAAAAUGAUUCCUCCUCAUCGGACUCUCCAUCUGCCCUUCGCCUUCCCUCCUGGUGCCAAGCCGUGCUCUCAGCAUAUCCUGUCAGUGACGGGCUUCAUGGAUGCAGACAGGGAUGACCUGAAGCUGAUGGCCUACCUGGCUGGUGCCAGGUACACAGGCUAUCUGUGCCGUGGUAACACCGUCCUCAUCUGCAAAGAACCUGGUGGGAUGAAAUACGAGAAGGCCAAGGAGUGGAAGAUCCCGUGUGUCAACGCUCAGUGGCUGUGUGAUAUCCUGCUGGGCAACUUUGAAGCACUGCGGCAGAUUCAGCACAGCAGAUACUCGGUGUACACUCAGCCUGAGCCGCUGAUGCCCAACCCCCAGCUGGUCCAGAACCUGCUUGCUGCUUGGAGAACUCCAGUCAAAGUAACUACUGAAGCUCUGGUGAACCUCCAGCUUCUCCAGAAGCAGAAGAUCUCUGAUUCUACCAACCCACCUUCAAACAAGAAGGCCAGACUGGAGGAGAUCCAAUCACCCAACAGGAAGCUUCCUCCAGAGUCCACUCCCCGGGUCAUGUUGACGGGCUUUGAGCCGCUGCAGGUCCAGCAGUACACCAAGCGGCUACAUGCUCUAGGUGGGGAGGUGGCAGAGAGCAGUCAGAAGGCCACACACCUGCUGGCCAGCAAGGUGACGCGCACCGUCAAGUUCCUGUCUGCCAUGUCUGUGAUCAAACACAUCGUCACACCAGAGUGGCUGGAGGAGAGCUGGAGGAGCCAGAAGUUUGUGGAUGAGCAGAGUUACACUCUGAGGGAUGCAGAGGCAGAGGUGUUGUUCAGCUUCAGUCUGGAGGAGUCUCUGAAGAGAGCCCACACUGCUCCUCUCUUUAAGGGGAAAUAUUUCUACCUGACCCCGGGAAUCUGCCCCAGCCUCAGCACCAUGAAGGCCAUCCUGGAGAGCGCUGGAGGGAAACUGCUGGCCAAACAGCCCUCCUACAGAAAGGUCAUGGAACACAAGCAGAACAAGAACCUUCCAGAGAUCAUUUUAAUUUCCUGUGAUAAUGAUCUCCACUUGUGCAGAGAAUAUUUCAUGAAAAGCAUUGAUGUCCAUAAUGCAGAGUUCAUCUUGACUGGAGUUCUCACCCAGAAGCUGGAUUAUGAGUCAUAUAAGUUCACCUGAUGAAGAUCUUCAACAUCUCCUUGGACAUCUGUGCAUAGCUCUCCUGUCAUGUUUUUAGCUUUUCUUACUUCUUUUAAAAGAAACUAAAUUGUAUUUUUGUGAAAUAAUUGGUUAAAAUGAUGGCUUUUAAUCUAUUUCCUUGUUAAACAUAUAAAUGCUUCAGCUUGUACACACUGCUUUUGAAAAAUAAAAUAUUUGUGUAAAU